GGGCUGCGCUUGGCACGCGCACCGAGCUGAAUAUCGCUGAAAGCUCCGGUGCGGGGAGGCCUUGCUCUCGCGCCAGUAUCCCUCCGACCAGCGAUGCUGUGCUGUCUCCGGAAAUAGAAUGUGUACAACGUCUGUGCGACGGCAGACCGGGUGCGCAAGUGUGAGUGCAAAUGACUGAUAGCCCGACAUAGCGGGCUGAACUUGACAACAUGUGGACCAAAAGAUUAACGUUAUGGAGGUAUAUGUUGUGCGUGUGGCUGGUGGCGUCGGCGGUUGUCGCCGUCGCGCGAGCCGAUGACGACGUACCUUCAGAAUCACAAUGCCGUCCAUAUAUCGAAAAAGCUCUGAAAGAGCUCGAAUCAGGAGAUACGGAACGAGAUUCCGCAGAAAAAAACGACAGUAGUGAAGUAAGUAUAAACGAAGAUACGAAAGAAACAGCUUCUAUAGAAAAUGAGGAUGAUACAGCCGAGGCCGGGGAUAGUGGGGAAGACGAAGCACCAGUGAUCGAAGUUACGGACGAGUCGUACGUAUCUCAAGCAUCAAUUGAAGACUUGGCGGAUUCGGAUAGCUCAAAAGAGGAUACCACUCAAGAGGUAGAUGAUAAAGACAGUGCCGAACAAGCCGAUGAUAGCAAACAAGGCGAGGAUGGAGACAGCAAUCAGGAAGAUGAUGGAGACAGUAACAAGGAAGACGACGGAGACAGCAAAGAAGAGGAGGUAGCAUCUGCUGAUGAAACAGUCGAACAAGAAAGUGAAGAGGAAAAAGUUGAAAAAGACGAAGCUGAAGGCGAUAGUAACGAGGGCUCAAAGGAAGUAGACGAUGACAGCAAAGAAGAAGUGGGAGAUGAUGGUCAAUCCGACGAGGUUACAGAUACUGAAAGUGAAGAGAAACAAGGAGACGAUAUUGAGUCACAUGAAGCCGACGAUGGAUCUCAAGAGAAGGCUGAUGUUGAUUCUGAUGAAAAAGAAAAAGAAGAUUCUGAAGAAGCAAAAGAUGACGAAUCUCAAGAAGAUCAAGAUGAUGCGAAAUCUGAAGAAAACUUAGAGUCAGCUGAAGAUAAAGACGAAUCGAAAGAAGUGAAAGAUGAUUCAGGAGAAGCAUCAGAAGAAGCAGAAGGGGACAAAGAAGAAUCCGAAGAAAAGGUAGACUCCGAGGAGGAAGCAGAUAAAUCUGAAGAAGCAAAGGAUACAUCUGUGGAUCAAGAUGACUCAUCAAAGCAAGAGGAGGAAUUGAGUGAAGAAAAAGAAGAACAAGAAAAGGACGCUUCUGUCGAGGAUGCUUCUGAAAAAGAAGAGGCACAAAAAUCCGAGGAAGAAGCCGAGGAACAACCUGCUGAAGAAAGUAAAGAAGAACAGAGCGAGGUCGAUGCGUCUACUGAAGUUGAAUCAGAAGGAGCUGAAGAACAGGCCGAUGAAGCAGCUACGUCCGAAGAAGAAGAAGAAGGAACACCUGAAGAGGAAUUGCUGAAUAUUAUUGAAAUUCCUGAGAACUUAAGGUCUCGUAACCAUAUUAAUCAAAUCCUUAGAUUAGAUGAAGAAGCAAGUGAAGCUGAAUUGGUAAUAGAACGAUCGGCAGAUAUUGUCCUUAGGGAUUUGAAGAGGCUUUAUGAAAAUUCAAUCAAACCAUUAGAAGUGCUUUACAAAUACAGAGAUUUGAGCAAUAGGCACUUUGGUGAUCCUGAAAUUUUCUCCAAACCCCUUGUACUUUUUAUGGGACCAUGGAGUGGUGGAAAAUCUAGCAUUUUGAACUAUUUGACGGGGCUCGAGUUCACUGAAUGGUCGUUAAGAACAGGUGCUGAACCAUCGCCCGCUUACUUUAAUAUCCUUAUGCACGGCAAAGAUCCUGAAGUGCUGGACGGGACACAGUUGGCAGCCGACUGGACUUUCGCAGGGUUACAAAAGUUUGGCCAAGGACUAGAAGAGCGUCUCAGGGGCUUGAAAUACCCAAGCAAAAUAUUGGAAAAGGUGAACAUUGUAGAGAUUCCAGGGAUACUGGAAGUGAGGAAGCAAGUGUCUCGCGUGUUUCCAUUUAACGACGCUUGCCAAUGGUUCAUAGACCGUGCAGAUAUUAUCUUCCUUGUUUACGAUCCAUCCAAAUUAGAUGUUGGUCCAGAGACUGAAGCUAUUCUCGACCAACUCAAGGGCAGAGAAUCUCAGACGCGAAUCGUGCUAAACAAGGCAGACUCAGUGAAACCGGAAGAAUUGAUGCGCGUGCAAAGCGCUUUGAUAUGGAACAUCUCGCCACUGAUGAGCUCUGCCCAGCCACCGGUGAUGUAUACGGUUUCUCUGUGGUCGAUGCCUUACGAAGCGGGCGCCCCCAUGCGCCUCUUUCAGGCCCAGGAGCGAGAGCUGCUGCGCGACCUGCGACACGCCAUCGACAAGCGCAUAGAGAAUAAAAUAGCGAGCGCCAGGAGAUUUGCCGUUCGCGUACGUAACCAUGCCAAGAUGGUUGAUUGCUACCUGACCACAUAUUACAACCAUAAAACAAUAUUUGGCAACAAAAAACUUAUCGCCGACGCAAUCAUCGAGAACCCUCAGAACUAUCAUAUCUACGAGGGUCUCAGUACGCUUACUAAUAUUUCAAGGUACGACUUGCCGGAUCCCGAGACGUAUCGGGACUUCUUCCGGUUGAACCCUCUGUACGAGUUCCAGCAGUUGUCGGCGACGUGCACGUACUUCCGCGGAUGCCCCAUCACGCGUCUCGACGUAGCCAUCGCUUACGACCUGCCCGAAUUGGUGGGCAAGUACAAGAAGAUGGUGGAGAGCGCCACGCCGCAGGGCAUGCCCAAGAGUUGAUGCCUCUGCGAACGAACGAACCCCGCGCCACACUUAACUCCCGCUUUUUAAUUUUCGCCAAUCGGAUUGGAAAUAAUCAUAUUGGGCACAUUUUGCAUUUCUUUACCUAAUCGGACAUCAAAACACUUCAUACAUCGCAUUUUAUCAGUUUUUUAGUUUUGUUAUUUUUUUGCUUAAAUACUCGCUUAUUCCUGUUUUUCGGGUGAAUGAUGUAUUUGUAUGAUUAUAUUUAUUGUGACUUUCUUCGUACGUUUUAUAGUGGUGGUGAUAGAAAAAUAAUGCAAGACAACUUCCAGUAUCCUAAUUAACACUGUCUUUUAUACAAGUCUCAAGAUUACCAUUAAACUAGUCAUUACUGUAAUGUUUGUUAGCGAGAUUAUAUAUUAAGAUACGUAGUGUAUAAUAUGUUCCUACAAAUAGGACUAAUCCCAUACGUAUUUUUCUUUGUUAGUUAUUUUAAUGAGACACACUGUGACUAUUUAAGUAAAAAUUAAAUAAAAAUCA